UUGAAAACAGAAGCACAAGCGGCAACACCCGGCAAGAACCGAACCGAGAUGCGUGUUGUCGAAAUGGAUCAACGAAGAAUGCGUUUGUAGCGGUUAAAAUCCUCUUGGGUUAUAAACGACGGACAAUCCAGCUGCGUGGAGGAAGAUGAGCAGUUGCAGGACUGGUCUAGAAGGGAAAGCAGGCGUGAGGAGCCUGGUCAGGAGCAUGUCGUGGUUUCUACAGUAGUCGGUUCACUCACGAGGACGUGGGGGUGUGGAGGAACCGUCCCUCGUCGUCAAAACGACUGACUGGUCUACGUCAUGUGUUCGAGCAGAAGAGAGAGCGGGAGCAGAGGAAGAAGCUGCAGCACUUCCUGGGUGACCUGGCGUUACUGGGGUCAUUACAGGGCUUCAAGUACUUCCAGCCCUGGCUCCGAGGCAAAGAAGAGCUGCUGCUGACCGUCGUCAAUGAAGACCUGGGGUGGCGCUCCCCAGGCUUCAUGGUUUCCAGAGCAUCCUCCUACACAUCCGGCAGCAGCAGCUGCGACAGCAGCAGCACGUCCCCCAGCAGCAGCUCACCCAGCCUGGGCAGCCGCAGCAGCUCCCCCUUACCUGGAGAACCAUCGGACCCUCCGGCCUCUUACGCUCACUCACACACCAAGACGCCGCCGCUCACAAUAAGGAAGCCCACCAGCGAGGAGCAUCUCCUCCCAGCGUCCCCCAGUGAAAGAGAGAUCGCCGUGCCAGAGGUCAACUGCACUCUCUUCCUCUUGGCCGGAUACAUCAAGUACGGUCGCCCGCACGCGUGGAUUCGCUCCAACCACGAGCGCCUGGUCAACAUCGGCGGCACGGACUCCAUGGUCAAGGACACCCCCAUGAAACUGAAGUCCAUCUCAGACUGGCAAACUCGAGGUAUUCGUGUGUGGGACAUUAUCAACGAGCUGGUGUGUCUCUGCACCGUCCCUGCUCCUUCCAACCCGUUUGCCCUGGACAUGCGCUACAUUCAAAGUCUUCCAGUGACUGAGCGCUUCCUGGUCACAGGAGCGCUGCUCAACUUCCUGGAGAUGUAUGUGGUGUAUGGGAACCGUGAUGAGCUGCACUAUGAUAAAGUGCUGGAUGAGGUGAAGCCACUGAGGAGACUGCAUGUCCGUUCACUACUGGAGGUAGAACAGCAGGCUCUCGUGAAAAGAAGCGACCAGCAAGAUCAUUUAGCACUGAAGAAAACCUAAACAUGUUUGGAGUUCUUUUUCAUGACCCCAUCUUCAAUUUCCACUAUGAAGUCAUGCCCAAAGCUUAAGCCGAUUCCCACGUGCACCAGGUCCUGGAAGGCUCCCUGGGAAACAAGUCACAUGAUUGAGAUUAGAAAUGAAAACAUUUCUCAAUCCCCCGCCGCCUUCAAGUUGACAACCAAAAACAGCCCCAUUCAUCAUGCUCCUCUGGGGUCGGACACUAAAUAUUUGCCUCGUAAAAAGUCCCACUUGUGUGAAGAACAAGCCCAGAAGCCUCCAAAGCAUCUUGUAUAAAAAGCUUUAAUAGUUCAUAAAAUACAUAUUUAAGUAUGUACACAACGACACCAAAAACAUCACAAGGAUAAAAUAAAGCAGGCACUUCAACUGUGCUUUUGUAGUCGAUGAGAUGCAUCAUAAAUACAGUUUAAAAAAAAAAAAAAAGUAGUGGCGCCACUGUUGAAAGACGUGUUCCCCGUUUAAAAUCUAGAAUAUUCACCAUGGUCCUAACACACAAAUGGUAUUCCCGAGGUGAACCACGUGACGCCUGUAAACCGGUAGACAAGAAACUCUGCGAAGGAAGGCCGUCACACAAUAUGGCACUUGCUCGUCCGUUGAGUCUGCUUAAGCAUUCACAGCACAUUUUAUAGCUUCUGAACAAGUAAAGUGAAAAGCACACACCAGCCGCUGCUCACAAUGCAGUGUCACGUUUGGAAGCAGCAGGGGAGGAAGAGUCUCCAGCCCCUAGGUUGGAAUGCAGGUGCAUGGCCACAUAUUUCAUGUCGAGGGAACACAGCGUUCCUGUGUUCAGGACCGAAUCGCAGAGUCAUGGCUGGCCAUUUGUCCACGUGGAUGGAUGAGCGUGUAUUGACUUUGUUAUCAGAAGAGACCUCUUUGAUGUGCUCCAACUUCUCAAUGUGCUCCCAAGUGAGUGUCAGCGACGUUCAAUAAAGUGUUGCAGUUAGCUUCUGUGUGGGCUCUCAAUAAAAUCCUAACAGAGACGCACAUCUUCAGCCCUCUGCCAGAGGGGAACAUGAGCCGCCACGUGCGGUAAGGUUAAAAAGAUCACAUCAAAAUCUUGUGAAAGUAAGACUGCUGUCAUCUUUUUUCCAGUUCAGAGAACACAACGUGUCAAACAUACUGUCCUCAGCCAAGUCCCGAGUUCCGGUGACAGCUGUGCCUCUCCACCAUCAGCUGAGUCGGCGUCUGAAUGCCACCAAAAACUCCAGAGUCGUCCAGUCCCGUCUGUCCAUCCAGUCACAUCGGUGCCAGUGAGGUCGUCGUCAGUUGUCCGUUAUGAGUCAAAGCAGCAGCUCAGUUCCAGCUGUCUGAGGUCGAUCCUCUCCUGACCUUGAUGGGGCUCCGAGACACCGAGCCUCUUUUCUUCCAUCGAACUGCAACGUUAAAAAAAAAAAAAAAAGAAGAAAUUCUGGAUGAGACGAUGGAAUCGUUGAGACGCCUACAGACUGGGGAGUUUGAAUUUCUCACCUUUUCCUAGACUGGCAGGAAGUGUGGAGCUCUUGGUGUUGACCGGAGAGUUGAAGGACUCCUCCAAAGUUUUGGUCUUGACGUCCCCGGGCAGCGUGGCCAAGCCGUCCUGCUGCCAAUCGCUGAGCGCCCGCUGGAAGGAA